AUGAGUGAAAACUUAAGAAGGGGCUACUUUAGCUCUUCACCCCAGGAGCUUAGACUUCUUCUCCUGGGAAACAUUGGAUGUGGAAAGAGCUCUUCAGCAAACACCCUCCUAGGUGAGACGGCUCCCUCUCUUCCCGAUGCUUCCAGGAGCUGCCAGCUGAGACAAGGGGUCUUUGAAGGCAGGAGCCUGACCCUUGUGGAGGCUCCGCGGUGGUACUGGACAGGUGGUAAAAUGGAGGACAGUGUCAGGAAGGAGACGGAGAGAGCUAUGACGCUAUUGGCACCAGGUCCUCAUGCGAUUCUGCUGCUUGUGCCUGUAAGCCAGUUCACAGAGGUGAGUUUUUCUUAUUCUUCAUGUUUGAAUAAAACUAAUAUUUUUAUUGAUGAUGAAAAUUGGGAGCAAAUUGAGGAAAUAAAAUAAACUUUUAAUGUGUAUGAUAAUUUUCUUCUUUUCUUCCACUUGUGUUCAAAGAUGGAUGGUCGUGUACCUGCAGAGCUGGAGGAACUGUUUGAUAAAGGGGCGCUGGAUCACACUUUAGUCCUGCUGACCUGUGGGGACUACCUGAUGGGGAAAUCAGUGGAGGUAUUAAAGCUGUUCACUCACUCUCUGCGGUGUUGAUGAUGCAAAGAUCCACAAUGGAAAUCCUCUUCUCACUUUCUCUACAAAUGCGAUACUUUACGCGCCAUUUUUGUCAGCGAGAAAAUAUUGAAGGACACAUAAGAAUCAGGUCAUGACACAUUUAAUCGAAGUGAGUCUGAGCUGUGAGAUUUGCAUACGACUGAAAAGUGAAACUAACCUUCAUUUAUCACCCGGUUUGAUCAGCUGCGGCUUGUUAGAGCAGGACGAUUAGCAACAGUCAUAAAAUGUGAUUUGUUUUCUGCAGGAUUACCUCAAGAAAGAACACCCAGGCCUGAGGCAGAUGAUUGAGAAAUGUGGGGGAAGGUACCAUGUGAUCAAUAAUCGUCAGCGACAGGACGGUCAGCAGGUCCAAGAGCUAUUGGAGAAGGUGAGAAAACUGAUACAGAGCUAACAAGCAGCCAGUCCUUAAGAUCUUUGUUUUAAUUGCUUCGACUAAGAAGACUGCUGAGCACACAUGUUUGAGUUUUCCCAGCGACGCCCUGUUUCACAAUCACACCCAGGAAGAGUAUGGAUCAGUUUGAUUAUUAAUCAUUUUGCUAUUUAUAUUUUGACUUUUGGUUCUGGUCUGUUAAGUUUGAAUGUAUUUGUUUCAGGUGGAAAACAUGGUGCACAAUAAAGGGAUUUUCCACAUGAAGUCACCCCAGGAGAUAGAGCUGGAGAAACAGGUGAAUGAGAGAAAGCAAGAACUCAUGGAAAGUUUCAGAGCUCAGAAGGAGGAAGAAAUCCAGACUGCUGCGUACAAGCACAGCUCAAACACAACCACACGAAGGAGUAUAGAAAGAGGAGAGGAGUACAGCGCCUACUUGGAGAGAAGGAGGAGAGAAGAGUUGGAGGAGAUGGAUGGAAGAGUGAGCAUGAGGGAAGUGUCAAACGGGCUUCAUUCAGCUGAGCGGCAGACGUUCUCAGAGUCAUUUAACGACAGGGAGCUGAUGAGGACGUCAAGCUACAAACUCAAUGCAGGUACUGUUGUGCUGUAAGUUUCUCUGCAGCCCAGUGUUUUGUUGAAAAAGAAAAAAAAAAAUACAAAUGUGAGCGGAAAAGUGUGUUUGCACCAUAUUUACAGUUUCUUCUCCGUAGACGGGGCUUUACUCUCACAAAUGUCUGAGCCCAACACAUCUCCAAAACUGGUCACUACCUGUAAGUCAGAUAUGUCGCUCUCUUCUGUGUUUUAAAGAUAAUAUUUGACAGUACUUUUCAUUUUCAAACUAUAACUUUGAUAAAUGAACUUUCUCUGGGUCUUUUUUCAGUGCACCACAGACUCAACAGCUUUGAAGGGGGGUCCUCUGAGCUGUCUCCAACCUCCUCUCCUCAUUCUCCCGUCUUCACCUCGACCUCCUCCUCCCCGGUCUUCACUUCCACCUCAUCCUCAUUCCCUUUGUCCUCGUCGUUGUCUCAGGAGCUGCGUCUGGUGAUGCUAGGGCGGUCCGGUUCAGGAAAGAGUGCAGCUGGUAAUAACAUACUCGGGAGAGAGGAGUUUGCGUCUCUUCCUAUUGGCUCCACUGCGAUUACUCGAGAGUGUGAGAAGAGAAGAGCUUUGGCAGAAGGAAGACGAGUAAGUUUUAAGAUGUUUGUGUGCAUGUUGUCAUUUCCUGACACAUUUAAAAACCUCAUGUAAUGUUCAAUUUAGCUCAUGUCUCAAUAAUCAACCCUUUAAAGUGUUACAUGUCCUCUCUCUUGCCUGCAGGUGGCAGUGGUGGACACCCCAGACUGGUUCAAUACAGAGCAAAGCCCAGAUGAGGUGCGAGCUCAGAUCUCCUCCUGCGUUGCUUUGUCCAGUCCCGGCCCUCACGCCUUCCUGCUGUGUGUCCCCGUAGACCAGCCUGCAAAGCUAGAGCUACAGGCUCUCGCGACCCUUGAAUCUGUUUUUGGCCCCGAGGCGGUUCAGAAACACACUCUGGUUCUUUUUACUUACGCGGAUCGACUGAGGCAGAGUGGAGUGGCAGGAAACGCCAGUACAGAGGCUUACAUUGCCAGUCAGCGGGAGGAUUUGUUAAAGCUGGUGGAGAAAUGUGGAGACAGAUUUCAUGUGAUGGAGACAAAAGGAGCUGGGAGGGAGAGGAGAAAUGUGGCAGAGCUCCUGGAGAAGGUGGAGCAGACAGUAAACGAAGCUGGAGGACAGUGUUACUCCUGUCCUGCUUUUCAGGAGGCUGAGAACCGAGUGAGGCAGAGACAGGAGGAGAUAGCGAGGGAGAGAAAGAGAAAAAGAUUGGAGGAAGAAAGACAGCUCAACUCCGAAAGGCGGGUCCUCUAUUCCUACAUGCAGCCUGUGGCCGAGGCAGAAGAGGAAGUGAGAGAGGACGAGAUUGAGAAAACAAGGGAUGAGGCGGAGAUGAGUGUAAGCACCAUGAAUAUCAAGAGUCUUCCUCCUGUUGUGCUUUCCAGUGUGUCCCCCUCAUACCUCAGCUCCAUUUCAGAGAGAGUGAGGUCUAUUGCAAAGUCUUUGCCCAAGCUGCUGUCAGAUGGUUCUGUGUUGGUAGGUGAGGGUGCAAAGAAGGUGAGCAGCAGUCCUGUGUGGGGGACAGUGGGCAGCGGAGCACAGAGCGCUCAGAAGAUGGUUGUUGAUAGUACUGUGUGGAAAAAAGUGGGUGCAGGUGCAGGACAUAUGUCCAAAAUGGUGGGAGAUAGGGUUCCCAAAGUAGUGGUGGACAGUUCUGCUUGGGUGGGAUCUGGAGCCAAGGCAGCUGCAGCAAGUCCAGUGUGGGGAAAGGUUGGAUCAGGGGCCAAACUGGUGGCAGAACGCUCCAGGCGUGUUGGGGCUGGGAUCGGGUCUGGGGCAAAGAAUUUAGCAAAGAGCCCCAUGUGGGGAAAAGUAGGUUCUGGUGCCAAGAGUGGAGCGAAACUGAUGGCUGAUGGCUCCAUGCGUGUCGGAGCCGGGCUUGGUGCGGGUGCGAAGAAGGUGGCUCAGAGUCCGGUGUGGGGGCAGGUCGGCUCUGGGGCCAAAGCAGGGGUCAAAAUGGUAGCUGAUAGCUCAGUGUGGGAGAGGAUAGGGGGCAAAGCUAAACAGGUACCCAAGGUGGUCAUAGCUGGUGCCCUUCUGGGCCUGGUGCUCGGUGUGUUGUUAGCGGGGGCGGUAGGCGGAGCUGUCGGGGCAGCAGCGGGGUCUGCAGUAAGUGAGGUUGGCCGACGAAAAUUCAGCAAGAAAGAUCCGUUAAAGGUGGACGGAGCUGCUAAAACUCUGGAGAGAUCGGUAAACGAUAACGUGGACUCCCUCGUCAAACAAGGAGGGAAAGUCCUCAAAACGGAGUAA